UUACAAUAUAUGUGUGUGUGUGUGUGUGUGUGUGUGUGUGUGUGAGGGAAAAGAGAGAAUUGGAGAAAGAAAAUGAGCGCGUCUGCCUGUAGGCUAUUUAAGUGCGUGAGUUGUGUUCAGGUCUGGAAGAGAGUGUGUAUGUGCGUGACUUGGGCCCGUGUGUGUGUGUUUGUGCGUGAGAGAGAGUGGAGUGGUUUUGGCGGGGUUAUGGGAAAUAGAGAUUAUAUGUGUGUGUGUGUGUGUGUGUGUGUGUGCGUGCGGGAAUACUGCGCCAAAGGAAGUGCGCCGGUUCUCCGUCUGCGCGUCCCGACUUCCUGCUCUGAGGCAGGAGCGAGAAAAGCUGCGGAUCCGCUUUCAGACAGCAGCAGCAGCAGCAUGGAGCCCCAACACAACACACACACACCACUUUAAGACACAAACACACACAUCACGCAGGGCAGACGGACAGAGGAGCAGCGGCCGUCCAAAGCAGGAUCACCUGUGUCUCUGGUGUCAUCCCAUCAUGGAGAGUUCCAUCACACUCUGGCAGUUCCUGCUGCAGCUGCUGCUCGACCAAAGCCACAAACAUCUCAUCUGCUGGACGUCCAACGACGGCGAGUUCAAGCUGCUUAAGUCAGAGGAAGUGGCCAAGCUGUGGGGGCUGCGCAAGAACAAGACCAACAUGAACUAUGACAAGCUGAGCAGAGCCCUGCGCUACUACUACGACAAAAACAUCAUUAAGAAGGUGAUUGGUCAGAAGUUCGUCUACAAGUUUGUGUCAUUCCCUGAGAUUUUGAAGAUGGACCCUGCGGUGGUGGAGUCGGGCCGCAGCAGCGAGGAAAGCGGGAGUGCAAUGUCAGAGCCUGAGGCUGAAGACGAGGAUGGGGGUGGGAGAAACCAAUACCUACACUCCGGCCUGUACUCCUCCUUCACCGUCAGCUCCCUGCAGGGCUCCUUAGAACAGCACCGGCCGAUCAAGAUGGAGCCCAGAUCCGAUCGCCAUGACGACAACUCCUCCGUCAUCCGAUUCAUAACCAACCGUGGCCACUCCUCCCUCCCCUCCACCCCACCCCCAUCCUCGACUGAGACCUCCAAUUCCUCUAGACCGUCUCCUCGUCAGGCCUGCUCUUCCUCUUGCUCCUCCUCCCCACCACAAAGCCCCGCCCACACACUGUGGAGGGGGCGGGGCCAGAGCACAGACACUAAUGAGUUAGAGCAGAGUGCUCAACCUCUAAACCUGUCAUCUGGUCAGAGGGAGAGAGUGAGGUCACAGAGCACAACAACACCAGAGAGGAGGGGAUUGGCCAAUAGUGCGCCUUUGAAAAGCAGAAAACCCAAAGGCUUGGAAAUCUCCGCCUCCUCUCUCCUCCUGACAGGAAGUGACCUCGUCUCCAUUGCUCUCAACAGCCCGGCACUGCCUUCAGGGUCCCUGACCCCUGCCUUCCUCACCGCACAGACGCCAUCUGGUCUGCUGCUCGCUCCCAGUCCUCUACUCUCCAAUAUCCAUUUCUGGUCCAGCCUGAGUCCAGUGGGACCCCUCAGCCCUGCCCAACUCCAGAGCCAUGCCCCCCUCUUUCAGUUCCCCACACUGCUGAAUGGACCCAUCCCUGUGCCUUUUCCUAGCGUGGACGCUCCCUCUCCUCUGCUGCUCUCCUCCAGCUCCCACAAGUCCUGAUGCCAGCAUGAGCUCCAAGAGGGAACUGGGCCAAACCAGGCUGAGCUGGGCCAGAUCAGCACAGAUAAGGAGCAAGCCCAUCAGCCUUAAACUCUGAUGAUGAACCACACAGGAGUCGAACCUCCUGAGUCCAGUUACAUUUUAAUCUGAAACCUGUUCCUUUGCAUUUAUUAUAUGAAGAAACAGGAGCUUCACUCUGAAGCUUUGCUCUCUGAGAAGAGUAUUUGCAUUAGACAUUUCUUUGUGUGUUUACUAGAGUUCACCUGCUCAUGUUCUUUACAUUUGUGUUUGGUGUUUCCUCUUUUCAGAAUGUAAAAGCCUCUGAAUUUCUUUUCAUGGUAAUACAUUGACUGGAGGUCAGACCUCAUCACAUUUCACAUCUCAUUUUAAAUCUCAUCUCAUUCCACUUAGUUUCUUCAACUUCAGUGAUACAGACUGGUUUCAAUUUCAUGUUAUUCCAAAUUUUCUCCCCUGCCCAGACUAAUGUCAAUAUACACACCAGUGACUCAAAAAUGGAAAUCUGGGGAAAUCCUUGUCAGGAACUAUGAGAUAACAAGACCUCACUGAGCCAGGAGACUUUACAAGUGUAAUCUUUUUCUGUAUGUCUGUACGCUUAAUAUGAAGCAACAGCCAGGAGAUGGUUAGCUUAUCUUAGCAUAAAGUAAGGAAACAAGGAAACAGCCAGCCUUGCUCUGUCCAGCAGUGACAAAACCUAAUGACUAGCAGCUAAAAUCUUACUAAUUAACACAUCAUCCGUAUGAAAACCUAAAUGUAAAAGUUACAAUUUGUAGUUUUAUGGGGGACUGAAGGUUGCCUGGCAAAUUCACGGUGAUGACAAGAGGAAGUUAAUGCUCCCAUGACCUCCAUAAAACCAUAAUGAGUUUUUACACUUUGGUAUUUGUAUGGACUAAACAUACACAGACGAUAUAAUGUUUAGUAUUGUUUAUUUUACUUUACAACCAGGCUGGCUGUUUCCAGUGUUUAUGCUAAGCUAACCGGCUGCUGGCUGUAGCUACAUAUUUAACUUACAAACAUGAGUUUGAUAUCAAUCUUCUCAUCUUACCAUCUGCAAGAAAGCGUAUUUCCCAAAAUGUGGAAUUGUUCCUUUUAAUUUGAUCAUAAAAUGGGACCAUAACUGGAUGAUUAAAGGCCAUAGGCUACACAGGCCAUUAACUUGCCAAGAUAGCGGCCAGCAAGUAGUGGGCGAUUGUAUUUUCUUUUUCCUGUGCCUUCCUUUAAAUAGACCAAAACAUGAACAAUUUUGGGUGUUCACAACCGUAAACCAAUGGCUGUGUCUCAUUUAUCAACCUUCAACCCAACCUGUCAUUUUGGGGACAUAAAACAAGUUCAAUGAAUGACAAAUUUUUGUUACACUUGCUAUACGUUUGUCCAGAUUGUGGUCACAUGAGAUGAAUCCCUCACUGACUCCUAGCAGUACACCUGCUAGCCAGUAUGCUAAAAUGUUGUGGAAGUCUUCAUUUUGUCUUCUGUAUUGCUUUGACUUGACGCUGUGAACUUUUUUAAAAUCUUUGUAUAGUUUAAUGCUUUUUUUUUUUAAAUGCACUGUAUUUGUAAGCCUUGUACCAGCUGUGCCUUCAAUAUUAUAAGACUUGUGUAAAUGUAUUAAGCUUUAAACCAGGUUUUAAUAGACAUUCCAGGUCAAAAUUGCACAAAAACCUUUUUUUUUGUAGAAUGGCUCCUGGUUAUUUUUAUAGAGAAAUUAAUGGAAAUGUAUUCUCAGUGAUGUGCUUGUGUUUUGCUGUUUUGUAAAGAAAAUUGUUACUGUUGUUUGGAAUAAAAUGAAUAACUUUUCAGAA